GUUCACGAUGUGUAUGUACACAAUGCAACACUGCAUGCGCAGUCUUCACCCACACCAAGUGACACGAGGAGAGGAGAACGAAGACAAAUGUUUCACUUGAUUCACGUCAAGGCUACAGCACUCGGCAACAAUUAUAUCAGUUUCGAGGUUAUGUUAGAGACUGCUUGGAGUAUCAGCUGAAAGGAGCUCACUCCAAUGGAUAGCAACAACAACAAUCCCGUAAUCUAUGGGUUAGAGUUUCAGGCGCGUGCUUUAUCAGCGCAAAAUGCUGAAACUGACAUAGUCAGAUUUCUCGUUGGAACUCAGUCGUUGAAAUUGGCGAAUAAUCAAGUGCACUUGGUGGAAUUAAAUGACGAAACAAAUACAUUGAGAACUCAAGUUUAUCACCACACAGUUGGAGAAAUAUGGUCUCUGGAAGCAUCGACAACAGACGCGGAUAAACUAAUUACCUCCUACAGUACUUUAAAUGAUGAGGGUAUGUGUGUAAUGAAGGGCGCCUUGUGGAGACUCCCAGAUAUCAGCCAAAAUGAUGGAGUCAUCCGCAAUGAUAUGGAAAAUAGUUUGGAGAAACUGGCGGAUCUCGACACAACUCCGUAUGGAAAUGAAUUGAAGACAAUUGUUUAUCAUCCAGUGGAUGGUGGAAAGGCAAUGGCAGUGGUUGAUAACAAAUUUGUUCUUUUGAGUCUUGAUGAAGCCUCUCCUCAGGUUUCAACAGUAGGUACAUUGGCUGGUAAAGGACAGCCUCGAUUCACAACGGGAAAAUGGAAUCCUCAUAAUGGUUGUAAUCAAUUCGUAACACUCAAUGAAAAUAAUAUCAGGGGUUGGGACUUGAGAAGUCCAUCAGAGGAAGCUUGGACAAUCCUGUCAGCGCAUUCUCAAAUAAUAAGAGAUCUGGAUUUCAACAUAAAUAAGCAAUACAUAUUAGCAACUUGUGGAGACGACGGAUAUAUGAAAUUUUGGGACAUAAGAUCACCCAGUGCACCACUAGCAUGCCGAAUGGAACACUCCCAUUGGGUCUGGAAAAUUCGAAUUAAUCGUUUUCACGAUCAGCUGGUGUUGACAUCAAGCAGUGAUUCUCGAGUCAUUCUUUCUAGCAUUCCUUCAGUAUCGUCAGAGCCCUAUGGUGAGAAUAUCUCAUUGGAGAACUCAGUGAGUGAUAAAAAAGUUAUGGACGAUGGGGUCAUUGGUAAAUACGAAGAGCAUGAAGACAGUGUUUAUGCUGUUGAAUGGUCAUCAGCUGAUCCGUGGACUUUUGCCUCACUCAGUUACGAUGGACGACUGGUCAUUAACAAAGUACCACGUAAAUAUAAGUAUAAAAUUCUUUUAUAAAUCAAAUUAAAUAAAAGAUGCUAUACAGA